UAGCAAUAAUUAGAAAAAAUAGACGCGAGAUCGCGCAACGGUAUCAAAGCGUAGAAUUUCAGUGGUAGUAGAUGCGUAUCGUUCAGUGUGGAUGUAUCAGUGAUUAGCGAUUACCACGGCAACGUAAGGUCGAGGCUAAAUAAACUGUUCCGUCGAACUCGGGCGCGAUUUUGGCAAGUAGCGGGCGCGCGGUAACACGUGUAUCUCGCGCGGUAACACGCUCGCGGAAGAGAUUAGUGAUUAAAUCUGCAUUUAGUAACACCGGUGAAUAUUGUGUUUAUUAUCAUUGUGUAUUAUCAUCAAGAUGAUAAAACACAUAUCAUGGCUAGUCGCUGCGGUGGCCAUAGGCUAUGCGGUCUUCUGGACUUACUCACUACACAGAAUUCCUGAAAUGCCCCAACUAGACCCAAAUCGGUGGUGGGGCAGAGAACCGCAGCCAAAAGAAGUGGACACCAGUAUUCGGCCGUUCAAAAUUGAGUUUAAUGACACGAUGAUCUCCGAUUUAAAGCAGCGGAUAAGAAACCGGCGGCCCCUAACGCCACCCCUAGAUGGUAUCAACUCUGAGUACGGCAUGAAUACCGCAUAUCUAGAGAAGUUAUUAUCCUACUGGACAGAAAAGUACGAUUUUAAAAAGCGAGCGGAACUUCUGAACCGAUUCCCACAUUAUAAGACCAAGGUUCAGGGUCUAGAUAUCCAUUUUAUACGAGUAAAGCCCACAGCGACAAAUGUGAAAGUAUUACCAUUGCUUAUGCUGCAUGGAUGGCCCAGUUCCUCAAAGGAGUUUGACAAGGUUAUCCCGAUAUUGACUACUCCCAAAGAUGGAUACGAUUUUGUGUUUGAAGUAAUUGCUGCUGAUUUGCCUGGCUUCGGAUUUUCUGAAGGGACAAACAAGCCGGGCCUAAGUCCAGUACACAUAGGCAUCAUAAUGAAGAAUUUGAUGAAACGGCUGGGAAUGAAUAAAUUCUACAUACAAGCUGGGGACUGGGGUUCACAGGUCGCCGCCCAUAUGGCUACCAUGUAUCCGGACGAUGUGUUAGGACUCCAUUCAAAUAUGCCGCUAUCGUCGAUGCCUAUAAGCAGUAUAAAGCUAGUCCUUGGGUCCCUAGCGCCCAGCUUGCUUGGUGACCAUUCGGACCGCAUAUAUCCGUUGAAGAAUCUGUUCCGAUAUCUUGUGCGAGAGAGUGGCUACUUCCAUAUCCAGUCGACUAAACCAGAUACAAUUGGUGUCGGCCUAACAGACUCGCCAUCCGGUCUGGCAGCUUACAUUAUGGAGAAAAUGGCGAUAUGCAGUAACAGGGACCAGUUACACACGCCCCAUGGAGGUUUGGAGAACUUGGAACUGGAAGACGUAUUGGAUACUGUGACUAUACAAUGGGUGAACAACUGUAUAGUCACGUCAAUGAGGCUGUACGCGGAAGGUUACUCUACGACGACGCCUGAAGUUUAUGCGUUGCAUGCAAUACCAACAACGGUACCAACAGCCGCUAUAAAGUUCCUAUAUGAAGUGAUGUACCACCCCGAUUGGAUUCUCCGGGAUAAAUUCCAAAACUUAGUGCGGUCAACAACCUUGGAUUUCGGUGGUCACUUUGCCGCCUUACAAACGCCGAGUGAACUUGCUGACGAUGUAUUCGCGGCUGGAGCUGAGUUUUUGAAGUUUCAUGAGGCUAAGAAUUAGACUUUAGGUACUUGAGCUUUGAAGAAGGGCCUUUGGAUUUUAUAACGCUAAUUACGGGAAUAGUCUCGUCCUGCCCACUAUACACCGUAUACAGUUUGGGCCAUUGAAUUUUAAAGCAACUUAUUUAAUGAAUAGGGUAAAUUUUGCUUUGUAUCAAGUUUUAAGUGAAAAAUAAUAAUUUUCAGUAUAACCUUAGCCUAUCCAGGAUUUUAAUUAAUGACCUGCAAAAUAUGUAGUCUGUCCUUAAUUAAGCACAUUGGGUAGGAUGAGGAUAGGUCAACUUGGUGUCCAUUUUACGAUUACGUCCGAUGUCAUCCGAACUCGAAAGGCCUUUUGAAUACCUCACGGGCUAUACGAGUAAGUAAUACCUAAAACAGUACAGCCAAUACAAAAACUGCUGUACCAGCUAAAAUGUACCAAUGACUUAAGAUGUGAAAAUUAGAGGUUUAAUUUUAUACUUGUAAUGUUAAAGUCAAAGUUUUGUGAGAAUUUGUAUGUAUGUGUGUAUGUACCUAUUUUUUAUUGUUUUUCUAAUAAGUAAGUAAGUAAAUAUUCUUUAUUGCACCAUUUUACAUGUUAUAAAUAUACAGAAUGUUGAGUGAGAGUAUAACUAGGUAACAACAGGCGGAUCUCUUCCAGACAACCUUAGGGUAGCUGGAAAAACGGAAUAAGUAUACAUUACUUAAGUGAGUGAGUUAUGAUUUUAUAUUUUUCAAUAUUAAAAACUUGCAUUUUUGCUAUCAAUAUACUUAUAGUUAAUUUUAAUUAUACGUGUAUCCUGUUAAGACUUCGUGUAAAAAAUACGUUGUACAUAUUAGUUGCUAUCUAAAUGAACCAAAUAAAGUAUUCCUUAGUUUCAAGGUUUUUUAGAAAGAAAAAAAAACCGAAGCUUACUCCCACUUUAAAUAAAGGUUCAAAUCAGAAAACAGUGAGUAACUUAUUAUAAUUUUUAUCCAAACAAAAUCUACCUUCAAAAGGCUCCUUAAAC